GCGGCACAAUCGACUUGCAGGAGCUGAAUGCGGCGCUGCAAGCGGUGAAACUCAGUGUAGAAUCCGGGACGCCACAGGCAAUGUUCACAAGGCCCUUUAAUGCCAACACGAUGCUGUGGCUCGCUGGGAAGUAUGCUCGUCAAGGAGGUGGGCAGAUCCGCCUGCAAGAGUUCUGCGAAAUGCUGCAGUACCUGGAGAGCGUGAAAAACAUCUUCACGCAGAUUGACACAGACAGGACGGGAGACAUCUCGGUCUCUGAGCUGAGCCGCGCUUUGAAGCUCUCCGGCUUCAAUGUGGCUGGAUGGCCUGAUGGCGGUGGAGAUGCCCUAAGCCUUGCAGUGGCUGAGAAGAUUGGCCGGGCUUAUGAUGCUGAUGGCAACGGUGUUCUGACCUUUGAUGAGUUUGUGCAACUUCGACUGGAAUGGGACUCGUACCUGGACAACUGGAGCGCCACUGUCGCUCCAGAUGCCAAUGCAAUCUCACCUCAGCAGUUGUUGACCAUUCUGGAGGCGAUCAAAUCGUCGCUGGAAUCUUUGCAUGAACUGGCGAUCAAUCCAAUGGUUUCAGGCCUCCCGGGCUUCAGCGCAGCAAGUUUCUUGGGGCCGAUGUUCUACAAUUCCAUGUUCAAGGUUCCCCGUCCGUUUCUGCAUUCUACUGCAGAACUCUUGAUCCGAAAAUAUGCGGGCGGAUCAUCGUUGCUCACGUUCGAACAAUUCUGCCUGCUGAUGGAGUUUCUCAAGGAACAGAAGAAGAAAUUUACAGCAGUUGACCAGGAUCGGUCCGGACACAUCAAUUUGCAAGAGCUGGGUCAAGCUUUUGCGCAGAGCGGUAUGCCUCUCCCGCUUGAACAGCUGCUGGUAGUUGCUCGGCGGUAUGACCAGGAUCAAAGCGGCACUCUGGAGUUCGAUGAAUUUCUGCAAAUGAUGACGGAGCUCUCCCCUGCAUGAGCUUUGUUUGUCGGGAGCUCUUUCCUGCACGAGAACAUGAUGACGGCGCAAUCUGAACGCGGCUGUUUGAACUCUGGUGUGAAGACUUGGAACAGCAAAUCAUCAAGCCGUGAUGGCAGAAGAGUCUUUAGACCUGUCAUUCUGCAGCAUACAAGCUGCAGGGGACGGGUUGGAGACUUGCUUUAGCAUACCAUUUGAGAUGCUGGCAAGUUUAAAUCAUUUCAGAAGAUAUGUACUGCAUCGUUGCAGCUAACUCGCUUCAAAA